AUGUCAAUGCGGGUGGGGGCAGUGGAGCCGCUGGCGACGCACGCUGGCUGUUGCUGCGGCUCCUGCAUUACUGUUCCCCGCCGCCGCUACGGAACCGAUUCCUUGUUUAAUGAAUUUGUUGGGCAAGGCCUUGCCGCACCACCACCACCACGACCAGCACUCUCGCCCCCGCCGCCAUCGCCAAUCGACGAGACAGGGUUGUUCGCAUCGCUCGAGGAUGAUGAUGGUCUGGUGCCAGGCCACGAGGCGGUUGCGGCUGUUGCGAGCGAAUUCGUUGUCGAUGCGCAGGAGCUAGAGGCAGUGGCGGCGCACGAGGCGCACGAUGAUGCGUGUGAAGUUCUCCUGUUGCCAGAGCAGAGAAGGGGUGAAGGCGAGGAGGACAACAACCGCGACAGCAAGGCUCAGUCGCUUGUGGUGGUGACGCCUGCGUCGGAGACGUGGCUGGCGGCGAUGAGCAGCCCGUGCAGCUACUUGUGCCGACAGGAUGCCCUGUACUUGGCGGCGCCAACAUCGGUGGAGGCCCAGCUUCCAGUUGCAAGCACAACUAAUCCGUCUUCGUGUGUAAUGGUCGUCUUUGCCGCCAAUGAUCUGCGCGUGCAUGACAACUACACACUGGCUCUGGCAGCGGUGCGGGCGGAGGCGGCGGGGGGGCUGCCGGUCAUCGCCGUUGCGGUUGUGGAUUACCGCACGUUUGCGCAGCCGAGUGCUGUUGGUGGCUUCUUCCGCCAGAGCCCCAUGCGCGCGCGCUUCUUCCUUGAGACCCUGUCGAAGUUGCGUGCGACAGUGGAGGAGGAGCUCCAGGUGCCGCUGCUGAUUCGAUGCGGGCGGCCGGAGGAGCACAUCCCGCGCCUUGCAGUGGAGUGCGGUGCGACGGACGUGUUCCUCACAACGCAGUACGCUCCGCACGAGAAAUGCGUGCACGACGCCAUCGUGGCGGACAUUAAACGCCGCCGGUGGGUGAGCCGUGACGCCGCGACAGGCCUCUCAGUCACCGCACACGACGCGGCUGUGUCACACCCGUACGGCGCGACAAGCAUGAGCGGCAGGGGAUGCAGCGGCGUGGUGGACUCUGUCCCACACAGCGUGUGGCAGACGACGCUGGUGCACAUCGACGACCUGCCAGUGCCGGUGGCCGCGAUGGCGGAGGGAGAGCGGUGGUACCACGACGACGUUACCGUCGCGAGCAUCCGCCCCACGCAGCCCUACGACCGCUACAUUGCACGUCUCGCCGCACUGCCGAAGCGGUACGAGCUUCUCCCGUCCGCAGAGGAGCGGCAGGGGGUGGCGCCACCACCGGCGUACCGCGGCAGCAUCCCGACGCUGGAGCAGCUUGGCUACAGCAAUCUGGAGGCGUUCACCGUCGAGGAGGUCAUCGCGACGCAGUCGUCCCACCCACCCGGUGAACGCGCCGCAGUCGCACGGGUGGAGGAGUGGCUUGCGGAUGGGGGCGUAACGUCGAUGCUACGUUAUGGACGGGAUCGGCGCACCAACACAAAGAUGUACUCGCAGCGGCUGUCGCGGGUGUCUCCGUACCUUUCCAACGGUUCCUUGUCGCCGCGGCGGUUCUACGAGAUCUUACGAGCGCACACCAGCGACAAUCUGCGGGACAGUUUUGUGCAGAUGCAGUAUCGCGAGGCCCUACUUCGACUGAGUCGGCGCGACUACUGGCAUUGGAUGGGCCUGCGGUACGGGCCGCGGCUCUUCUACUCGUAUGGCCCUCGCCCGGAGCAGACCGAUGGCGUGCCAGACUGGCGCCACGACAGGAAGAUCGUGCAGAAGUGGUGCGCAGGCCUCACAGGCGUGCCGUUCGCUGAUGCGGCGAUGCGGGAGCUGCUGACGACGGGGUUUGUCGCUCAUGAAGGGCGUCAAGCGCUGGCGUGGCUGCUCACGCGCGGCUAUGGGCAGGACUGGCGUCUUGGCGCGGAGUGGCUGGAGCGGUGCUCACUUGACUACGACCCGUUCCUCUGCUACGGCAACUUUGCAUACUUCAGUGAACUUCUACGCGACGACUUUGGUGAGCCUGUGCGGACCAUUCAAUGGAUCGCACACCACCACGAUCAGACGGGCAUCUACGUGAAGAAGUGGUUGCCCGUCUUAAGCAAGAUUCCUCCCGUCUACAUCCACCGCCCGCACGUUCUCACGCCACGGAUGCAGGCGAUGCACGGCGUGCGACUUGGGCGGAACUACCCGUACCCGCUAAAGCUGUGGGACGGCGCGCAACACACACUCGGUAGCAACGAGCUGACGGCGUACUUCGAUAGCGAGAGCGCGUGGCACCGCAAGGCACAAAGCGGUGCGGGCGGCCCCGGCUACGCAGAGGCGCUGCGCCACGGCGCGGGGAUCAUGAAAGUAGUGGAGUGGAAUGCCGCCGUGUCGCCCGAGUACGUUGCGUGCCGGCCGUGGGUGCAUCACCUUCCUGUCUCGGCUUUUGCGACUGCCGGCGAAGUUGGAACAGGUGAGGAAGGAGUGCAGCACGUUGUGGCGGUGCCAAAAGGCCAACGGCAGCAGCGGCAGCAGCAGCAGCAGCAGCAGCAGCAGGUUUCUUUGGUGUAG